GUUCUUUUCUUUAUACAACUUGAACUAAUAUAAUCCGUAAUGUGAUGAUUGCAUGAUAAAUAUACUUUUGCUCUACAUUAUGAUUUAGUAUUCUGGAAAUUUGUAUGCUGUUAACAUGGUUAAAAACAGGUGAAGUAAAGUAAAGAGCCUGUUUCCAAUUCUAUAACUCAUUCUUCCAAAAGGAAUCGUUCCAACUACAUACGACAACCAAUGAAAAGUAAAGCUAAGAACAAUUAGUGAAUGCAAUAUGGAUACAACAAAACUAGUUGACACAACAUUUUUAAUGUGCACCGGUAAUGAGUUGAUUAGAAGUGAGUUUGAUGACCACUACUUUCGUAUUAUUCACUUAAAGGGACCUGUCUGUGCAACACUCAAUUUAUUUGCAGAACACGAACAAUUAAGUGUUCAGGAAUACAAACUUCCUGAAAAUUUAAGAGGUCAAGGUUUUUUUGAAAAACCAUUAUGCGUUGGAUAUAGGUUUCCAGUAUAUGUAUUUCAGUAUCGACUGGACGAAGAAUUGACUAGCAUGACUGAUAUCAUGAUAAUGAUUUUUGACGCAGAAAAUGAAAUAUUUCGUUUUGUUGAUUUCCAUGUAUUUAUAUUUGAAUGGUUUAGGGAUACUAACCCUUUAAAGGAACCAUUAGAAUGUUUUAUAUCUCCGAAUUUAGAUAUGUUUCUUUUUAGAUGUCCUAUGGAAGCAGCAUGUAGAGGAUAUUAUAAUUGGUAUUCUAUAUCAGAAAAGCAAUUGACACCAAUCAGGACUGAGGAGAGAGCACACGUUUCAAUAAUCCAUGACAGAGAUGGGGUAAAUCUUGGGUUUCAUCCAAGUUAUCCUUGCUCAGUUGUUGCACUUAUACAUUGGUCUAAUCUUUCCCGUGUAUGCUUAAACCAUUUGUUUUCCAAAAACAUGAAUCUCGGUAAAAAUAGGACUUCUAUAUUAAGAUGGUAUAAACAAUCUGAUAUAAAAUUUCCAGAUAUACAAUGCAAAUUUGAUAAUAGAAACAACAACUGCAAACUAAUUGCAAGUCGUAGUAAAGAUGUAUUAGUAUAUUGCUUCAUUACAGGAGACAAAAACACCAAUAGUAUUGUGCAUAUAAUUAUAUUUUCCUUUAAAGACAUGUCGCCAUUACUUAAGGAUGAAAAAUGUUUACGUCAGCGCAUAGAAAAUAUAGUGCCUAUUUUCUCUCAGUGCGAUUCAGAAUUACAAAUCUGGAGUCCAAACUUUUCAACAAAAUAUGCUUCCUGUCAAGUUCCUCGUCUGAAUCUGAUGGUUAUGUGCCGAACUGCGAUUCUGAAGACUUGCUCUCCGUGUAGUAUAGUAGACUUGCCCUUACCAACGUCAUUAAAAGAAUAUUUAAAGUUUAAAUAAUUCUUGAUAAUUACCUGUUUUCAGAAUACCUUAAUCUUGCAUUGCAUUGUUUCAAAUGAAUUACAAUCUGUAUAUUGUUACAAUGGUUCAAUAAAUCUUCCUCAA